AUGGCUUUAAAACCAACCACCUGCAAGGAAGCUAUAUCUCUAUGGGAAAAGGAAAAUGGUGCAAACGCUACCGAAGCUAAAGUAAUUGAGCUGCAAUUUCAGUGGCCUCCCAUAGAAAAGAUGGAUGGAUCUCUAUCUACUCUCGUCGCCUGCGAAAAAUUGAGUUUAUCGUCAAACAUGAUAGACAAAAUAACUGGUAUUGCAGGCAUGAAGAACCUUAAAAUAUUAUCAUUAGGUCGAAAUUAUAUAAAGUCACUGGCUGGACUGGAUGCGGUGGCAGAUACGCUGGAACAACUGUGGAUAAGUUAUAACCCCAUAGAUAAGCUCAAGGGAAUAGGCGCUUUAAAAAAAUUAGAAGUUCUAUACAUGUCUAAUAAUAAUGUAAAGGAAUGGGCAGAAUUUAAUAGAUUACAGGAAUGUCCCGCAUUGAGAGACUUGGUUUUCAUUGGCAACCCAAUCAUGGAAGCUCAACCUGAUGUUGAGACCUGGCGCACUCAAGCUGCUACCCGUCUUCAGCAAAUUACCAAGCUUGACGGGGCACCUAUCAUAAGGGUAUAA